CAUUCACAUCAGUCCCUAACCCUAUUCCCCCCAGCCCGGUACUAGGUGUAAUCCUAGACUCCCAUCUGUCCUUUCAUCCCCAAAUCCAAUCACUGUCCAAAUCUUAUACGGCCGUUCCUAACCUCGGAAACCACUAAGCAACUUAUUCACUCCCUUGUUAUAUCUCGCCUUGACUAUUGUAACUCCCUCCUCAUUGGCCGACCUCAUCGCAGGCUAUCCCCUCUUCAGUCUAUCAUGAAUGCUGCUGCCAGACUCAUCCACCUUACUAACCGUUCUGUAUCUGCCACCCCUCUCUGACAAUCCCUCCACUGGCCUCCACUUAGUGUCCUCCACCCCUCUCUGCCAAUCCCUCCACUGGCCUCCACUUAGUGUCCUCCACCCCUCUCUGCAAUCCCUCCACUGGCCUCCACUCAGUGUCCUCCACCCCUCUCUGCCAAUCCCUCCACUGGCCUCCACUCAGUGUCCUCCAUCCCUCUCUGCAAAUCCCUCCACUGGCCUCCACUCAGUGUCCUCCACCCCUCUCUGCCAAUCCCUCCACUGGCCUCCACUCAGUGUCCUCCAUCCCUCUCUGCCAAUCCCUCCACUGGCCUCCACUCAGUGUCCUCCAUCCCUCUCUGCCAAUCCCUCCACUGGCUUCCACUCAGUGUCCUUCCAUCCCUCUCUGCCAAUCCCUCCACUGGCUUCCACUUAGUGUCCUCCAUCCCUCUCUGCCAAUCCCUCCACUGGCCUCCACUCAGUGUCCUCCACCCCUCUCUGCCAAUCCAUCCACUGGCUUCCCAUUGCCC